GGGGCCCCACGCAGAGCGGAGUUCAUUAGGGAAGCACUGAAGGAGGCGGACGAUCUGUCCAAGGAGCGAUAACAAUAUGGAGCGGAAGACGCGCAGGGCGAACUUAAAGAAACUACAGGAACCAGCCACCACCAGCAUCACCAAGCUGCGCACAACGCGUAACAACAAGCAUACCACAGCGACAACAACACUUUCCGAAUACUUUGAUUCCCAAGAGAGUCUCUGCAACCAACCGACAGCGUCCAACGAAGCGGAGCAAUUAAACCAAAACACCAAAAAGGAAGAUCUUUUUACCGAACCACAGCGCAAGAAGUCUCGUGAGUGUCAUGACACUAAACCGCUUCCCAAGAAGGCGCCCAAACUCAAGUCCAGUGCGGCUCCAGCACGUCAAGCUCGGGGGCGAGGCACGGGACGUGGACGUGGUAAACAGCCAAGCAUAAGCGAUUUCCUGCGCAACGAGCAACUCUUUGCAGAGGUAGCAGCCCAACACUGCAGAGCAGACAACUUCAGUCCAGAUGACAUUGAAAUGGCAUUGGCACUGUCAAAAUCCGAGGCAGAAAAACACGGUAUUCUGCGUUUGGAGGACUCAGCAGACGCCGAGGAGGAAGUUGUUAAUCUGCUAGAUGGCAAUUUGAACCAGUCCACGGAGAAUAUACGCCGGAAACUUCAAAAGUACGGCUUUCGCACCGCCCCCAAGGAAGAUUACAAUCAGCUAUCCAUUAGUGUCUUUCCGGGAAAGCGUAGCAAACGAUGUCGAUGGGCGAAUAAGUUCACUGCGCUUACUCUCCGUAAUCCGGAGGAACAGCUUAAGAAAGUGGACAUCAAGGUGGCUAAUCUAAUGUCGCUGCAGGUGCGCACAAAGUUGCCAACUGCUGAAGAGAUGCGCUUAGACCCUUUCGAAUUAAUUAGCAUACGACUUCAGCAAUUGAAAGCCCCUUCUCGCAUUAUCCAUGAACCAAAUGAUGGUGCCAUUGCCAAUCUUUCUGCCUACUAUGUGGAAGAACUGAUUGAAGUCAGCAGAACGCCAGCACAUCAUUUGCUCAAGAACUGGGCAGCAAUACAAGGACGAGAUUUAUCGCCAAAGCGACUCAGCGCGGAAAGUAAGCAAAAGCAAAACCAAUUGGAGCAGGGGUAUGUCGAGCUGGAGGCGUAUUAUGGUGAGCGUGCGGCGGCUGUGGAGCAAAAAGAGUUGGAUGAGCUAGAAAAACUAGUAGCAAAUAAUAUGGUGCAGGAGGAAGAAUUUUCAAGACCCAGCACCUCAGCUGAAAGUAUUAGAGCAGGGGCGGAAGUCUUAAGUGAAGAAUGUACAGAGAAAAAUGAGAAGCUACCAACUAGCACAGCGAUAGAGGAAAGUCAUGAGGAACCACUUUUAGUCGACAUUUCAACAACGGACAAAAAGUCUAACCUGCAAUCCUGUAGCUUUGCUGUAAAGGAAAAAACGAAUCAGCUUAAUCUAUUAAAUAAGAGCCAGCAUUUGGAAAAAGAGAAUCUUUUACCCCAUACCUCUAUCGACUCCUACGAUAAAGUAAACCUGUUACCCAGUAAAUUUGAGCAAUCCAGCAGCGCCAAGGAAAAUCGGCAUCGAGGAUCCAUUACUUUAACUUUGCCCACACAGAUCACACGAUGCGCGUCACCUGAUCUAUUUGCCGAUUCGGAUGAUGAACUGAACCUAGAAAUGCCAACCACACUUGGGGAGAUGCAGAACUUUUCUCUAAGAGCCUACAAGGAAACAACGAGCACGGAAAUCAAUUGCUACGAGAUUUACUCCAGCGAUGAGGUGAAGACUUCGGCGACAGCGUUUAAAAAUGAGACAGAGACAACUUAUUCGUCUAGAGAAGAAAGCAUUGUGGACUUGACAGAGGAUCAGGAAACAGCUGAGUUGCCCGUUAUUAUCAAUUCGGGUAAUUGUCUUGCAACUCUCUCUCAGGAAAUUGCCUUGAGUCCAACAGAUGAUUUUAACUAUGACCCUGGCGAGCCUUGUUGCCCGCUAGAAGAUCAGAAUGAUUGUGUUAUCUCAGAAGAACUGUUUGCUAAAUACGCACACAAGAUAAGUCAGGCCGAAGGUGAAGCUGACUUGUCCUUUAGAGUAAACAGAAUCAGCUCAGACGCAAAAUCAUUCGAAUUAUCAUUAUCAAAAACUCCAAAUAGCAUCAUGGACAAUUCAUUGCCACAUAAGUGCAACGAGCAGCGCCUUCAACAGGAGUACAGCUUCAAAAGCCCCUUGAGCCGUAAGAGCAUUUCCUUUAGCGGCAAAUCAUUACCAAGAUCUCAAAACAGCCUCAAUGCCAAUUCAUUGUCAAACGGCUGCAGCCAUCAGCAACGUCAACUGGAGCACAGCUUUAAGAGAUCUUUGAGCCGCAAGAGUAUCUCUUUUAGCGAUAUGACUGCCUUCCCCUGCAGCCAGUCGGAUGCGAGCAUAGACCUCACGCAGGAUAGUGAUAGCAAUGAGGAUUUUGACGAAGGAGUUUUGCUCUCCGACGACGAGAUCAACUACUCCAUUUGGAAGGCGGACAAAACACAGCGUGACAUGGUGCAGGCUCCCAAAGAAAAAAGAAAAAGCUUGCCAUACUUUCAGACUCUAGAAGAGUUGGAUGCCUUCUUGGAUGCGCGCCCUGCAUCGCCCGCUGCUUCUAUCAAAUCUUGCAAUUCCCGUUCACCCAACAAGAGCGCUUUGAGCAAAGAGCGUGCCGAGUUUGGCAUUCUCGAUGCAGCACUCUCUCAGCCCUUUACGCUCUCUCAGCUACCAAGCAGUGAGAAGCCAGAAACAUCUGAAGUGUCCAUUGAUUGGACAGAUGCAUCCUUUCUGGACACACCCGCCGAGCAGGCCCUAAAACGUUACUCCACCAACAGCAGAAGUCAUAAAUUUAAGCAACUGCUGAACACCAUUCCAAAUACAGUUGCAAAUGAAGUCGGUGAUGACCUCGAUGAAUUCGAUAGGAUGGUACUCCAAAGCUCCAAAGUUGCAACAAAUCUUGACGAUGGAUCAAUGAUGAUGGAUCAUGAUGUAAUGAUGAUGCCAAGCGGUUUCGACCGUUUGCUAAACGAUGAAAUCAAUACGGACACGAUGCCAAAGGCCCUGCCAAGUGGACUAGAUAGUUUGCUAAAAGGUGAAAUCAACAUGGAUACCGUGCCAGAGGCUAUUCCUCCAGUUAUGAUUCCAAGGACUGCCCUUUCAGAAGCGGAUCAAGUAGAGGUCCAUGGUCAAGUGUUCACUGUUCGUGUUUGUCAGUCGCCCAAGCCGGAUUAUGUUCUCAUGUCGGAGGCAGACCUAUUACAGCAACUGUACAAUUAUGGUAUUAAGCCGCUGAAGCGCAAACAGGCGGUUAAACUAUUAGAAUUCAUUUACAAUCAAAUGCAUCCAAUUAUGCUGCCUCUGGAGGAGCAACAGAUGCAUCCCAAGCCACUGCCUCAGCCCUUGCCUCGCUCCAAAUCCACUCCAGUGGGUAACAAGAGUAGUAAGCCUCUGUUCCACUACACCAGCAACAAUUGCCUAUCUCCAACCAAAAUAAAUGAGAAGCCAAGCUACAAUUUCAAAGAUGCGACGGGCCAAGAGCUCAUUCGAUUUUCCCAGAACAUGUCGCCGGGUCUCUGCGAUGACUUCGAGUUCUAUGUGAUGCAGACGAACGUAACCAAGAAGACGCCGCAGCCGUUACUGCCACUCCACAUAGCCUGGCAUAAUUUACUCUGCGCCAAUCCCAGUCUCCAUGAGAGCGUGCUCAUGUAUGAACCCAUUGAUUUGCAAGAAAUCUAUCAAUAUUUCAAGCAACUGGGUCAUCGGUAUGAUCCCAAGGACCUCAAGUGUUUCUUUGAUAGACGUUGUAUUAUAUUCCGUUACGAUCUGGCUCCAUCUAACAAACAGGUGCAGCGACACCUUCGAAAGAAACCCAAGAAAGCAAGUGUCAAGGCUUAGAAUCGGAUUGUGUUAUAAAGUAUUUUUGUACAUUGAAUUAUAACUUUUGUUAUUUGGCCUAUUGCCCUGCUGUUAUUAUAAAACGUAUGAUUAGUUUUAACUUUAAGAAUACACAAUUUAUUUAUUAAUGCAUUAAACAUGUAUUUGGCUUAAGACCGCGUCUAUAGAUAUUUCAAGUAAACGAUCAAGAUUGGGAGACGGUAUCGGUUCAUCCAUCAUAAAAAUCUUACAUCUCAUAUAUUUGUCAAUGUAUUCGAAGCGCCGUUUGCUUGCAUGUUUUCUCUUCAAAAA